GUACGCCGGACCGUCGCGGUGCCUGCGCCUGCAGCCAUUACCGGCGCACGUCUAGUCGGCACGGUCGCGGUGCGCCGCACACGUAGCGUGCGGCACUCGGCGACGGUGGCGGUGGCGGCGGCCGAUUUUCCCUGGGAGCGCGGCGGCGGCGUCGGCGACGGCCAGUAGUGGUACCGUAGACGUCAGUAUCGCGAUCGGCCGGAGGGACGUCCCCCGCCGUCAACACACAUCGCUGCGUCAUUCUGCGCCGUCAGGUGUGCAUCGCGCCGCGCUCUCCGUGUUUUCGAGACAUCAACAAGUGUCGUCGUCGUCGUCGUCGUCGUCGUCGCAACGGUCGGGUGUGUGACGGAAGAAUUAAAAUUUAAUAUAACAAAAAAGUGCCGUGUAAACCGAUCGUGACCAUCGCACCAGCAAAACAUAACCAACGCGGCCGGUCGUUCGUUUGCUGUGCACUCGUUGUGUGAAUAGUGUAUCUGUGAAAAACGCCCAGACAAAAUCAAACAUAAAUAACAUCUCUCCAAAGAAGCGUUCGGCCCCGGUGAAGAGAAAAAAUAUUAAACUUAAUCAUGAUAGCCAAGUUUAUAAGGAACAUAAAGGUAGUCAACCAGAAAAUUGCUAUAAUCUUCAAAAUUGUAUUAGCUAAUGCAAGGAAAAAGUCUCAUUUUAUUGUUCAAAUAUAAAUGACGAUUACGAUGACAGUACUAAGCAUUUGGCUGUCUAUAAUCAAUCACAGUGGUUAAAUCUAGAAGCAUCAACCAUUCUACUUCAAAUUUCAAUAAGAAUCUCAUUAUAAAAAAAUAUUCAUAAGAAAAUGGAAUCGGAACCAGUAAUUGUGGUAGAUCAGGAAAAUUGUUUUAACGAAGAAGAUGAGGAUAUAGACGAUGUGGCUGGAAAUGGACAAGGAUGUCCUGAUACUCCACCGCAAGACCCUUUUUUCUUAUCGCCAUUCAGAGACAUGAGGAAACGCUCAUUACCAACACCGCAAUGUACAUCCGGAAUAACUGCAAGCCAAGUACGAAGAUUGAGCGAUCAGGGCGCAGCUGGUGCAGCAGCCAGAGAGAAAGCGUUUUUGGCUACGUUGACCAAAGCGCCGGGACCUCACACGCCUGGCCGUCGACAUUCGGUCAUAACGAUAUCCAAAGCGCCCAUGCCGUUAUUCGGUCGCAACAGACGCGAAUCAAUCGCUGCAUUUCCCAGUAAGGGAUCGAGGAUGAACCGCAGGGACUCAGCAGGUGGUGCCACCCCGUCACCCACAGGCAGCCAGUUUAACUUGCAACUCGACAUCAUGGACGACAUCGCGGACAUCAAGGCCAGAAAAGUGAGGAUGAAAAUGUGGCAGACGGAAGACAAAGAGAAAGUUUGUGAACUGCAAUCACUGGAUGGUGAAAAUAAGCAAAUGUCUAGGUUCAAGGAGGCCAGGAGAUACUCGAACGUGGACGUGUGCGAGAAGAUCGCGCCGCCCGUGCCGGCUCGACGACGCGCGUCCGAGCUCCCCUCCAACUCGGCGGCGGCCCAGUCGUCCGGAAUCGUGUGCACGAAUACGGAUCUGCUGUCCAUAAUGAAUUCGCUGAAGUCGACGGCCAGCAAAGCGAUGCAGUCAACGGGCGGCCGGCCACCGGGCAGUAGCAAGACCACGGACAGCCUGCCGGCAGGCUGCAUCGACAAGCGCCGCGAUUUGCUCCGGGCCGGCCGGUCGAACAGCGUUGACGUGGCUAAUCUUGGCACGACCGCAGCCAUGGCGGCAGCCGCGGCUGCGGGCAACAGCACCAGGAACUGGUUCCGCAAGAUGUCCACGCGGUCGUCGGCCGCGGUGGCCACAGCGAUGGCAGGCGGCUCGCGGACCGGUGGCGACGUGGAGUGCGCGGAACAACUGCGCGCCACGGCUAUCGGCGCGGGUGGCGAGUACGUCGUCCAGAAGUCACCGGUCGUGGUGACGUUCACGGACGAGCGGCCGAAAGUGUCGCUGCUCGAACCAGUCACGUGUAAACCGGAAAAGCACCCCCAACAUCACCACCACCACCAUCACCACCAUCAUCAUCACCAACACCACCACCAUCAGCAACAGCCGCAGCCACCGUCGCAAUCGUCAUCACCACCACCGCCGCCACCGCCACCGUCACCACCGCUGCCAUCAUCGUCGUCGCAAUCCUUAGACAUGAAAACCGGAACCAAGAGCAGUGACGUGGUCGUGUGGGACCGGCCGACUGGUUCGGUGGUGAACGCCGAGGUGCUGGGCACGGCCAUCGAGGGUUUCUUGGCCGCCAAGAAGACGGGUGACAGUGCGGACGCGUCGCCGACUGACGGCCAACCGCAGCAGCAACCAGGCGGCAAAUCCACGGUGAAAACGAGCAACGAGCCAAAUGCCCGUAACUGCGACACGUCCAUCUGCUCGUCACUCAAAGAUCUUUUCGUCAAAUAGCUGUAAGACCACUCGUGUCGGUUGUUGUUGACUCCAUAAUCAUAAUAACUCUUCAAUAGACAAUACGGACCCAGGGGUGUUAGUGCACGUAUCACGGCCCCGUUUUUUUUCAUCCCCUUUUUCCCUAGCCCGUUCCGUUUCCCGGUAGGACGGUGAUCCUUCUGAACUGAAAUAAUUUCUCGCAAGAUAAAUGCCGCGUCGAUACGUAAACGAACCGUGCGCGUGUUGGUCGUUUGAACCGUUUAUAAAACGUAAAAACAACAUGAAUUCGUGACGUUGUUCCGCGAAAUUUUUGUACCGUACACGAUGGUGACGCAAGAGUAUGAAGCACUUGAUGGUGAAGUCGAAUUGCGAUUAUUUCUAUAGAAUUACACUUUGGUCGAAGAAAGGUUAGCAUUAUUAACCCGGUUGGCAUUUGGUCCGAAAAAAAUUUUCGAAAACGUAAAAUUAAUUGAAAUGCACAAAUAAUAGCUUUCUUGUUUACAGAGAAAAAAAAUAUCCAACGAUGUUGCCUUUUUUUGACUAAUUAUUUAAAUUAAUUUAGUUAAUCUUUUCAUACCGAUUUAAACGAUUCACCGUUAACAAUACAUCAUUAGAUUUACUAUAAAAGUAUAAAAUUAUGUAUACCAACUUUUUUUGACCAAUGUGCAGUCCAAUCAUUACCAUCCGUACCGAGUACGAUUCGACUAUUUUAAUUUGGAUUAGGAAUAUAUAUAGAUUUCGGCGGCGAAAAGGCGGAUUUUCCAACGUAUUGACCCGAAGAACGCUGUAUUAUAACACGAUAUCGGCAUGGAAUCUGAAUAUUAUAACCCUCAUUGCAUCCGCCCAGCGCUGAGCGCGUGUUCCAUAGCGAUAACCUCUCCUUUCCCGCCCUUCCUCCGUCAUUUUCAUCAACGCGCGUGUAUUCAAUACCAUGAUCCUCUGCCAUGUACGUUUAUACAUAUUAUGGUUUAUAGUACCGGAUUUAUGGGUGGAGGGUGUUGUGCAGAGGGUGCAAAAAGCUUCAAAGUCCAAGAGACCUUUAGAACUAAAAUCUAUAAUUGUCUGUGUUUCGUUGUUUUUUUUACUUUUUUUUUUAUAAUUAUUUAUAU